CAUACCAUAAUAUAACAAAAUAAAGGUGACUGAUUGAGAAACUUAAUAUAUGAAUUCUCAAGUGAUCAUAAAUUGCUGCCAUCGCGAUCAUUUAUUUCUGACGGAGUAAAAGAGUUUUAAUGAACUAGACUAACAUUUCAUUUCCCGCGAUUUUUGUUUACGUUUUGUACAGGUGGAUACAUCAAUGACAGGUUGAAAUUAACAAAGAGUAACCGAUCAUGGUGAUGCUAGUGGAACUACAGGCAACAUGCAGUGCCCUUGGAUACCAAGAAGGCAAGAAAUAUGUGAAAGAACCAGACUGUUUAGAGACGGUCAAAGAUCUUAUUCGCUUCUUGAAAAGGGAAGAUGAAACCUGUGACAUAAGGAGACAGUUAGGGGAGGCCUGCAUUUUGCAGAAAGAUAUUAUUCCUAUCCUGAAGCAGUACCACACUGACAGAGUCCUGUUUGAAGCUGUCAUCAGAUUAUUAGUUAACUUGACGCAGCCUGCAGUUUUGUGUUUCAACAAUCACAUCCCAGAGGACAAAACCCUUCGAAAUCAUUACAUUGAGAUUGAGUCCCAGUUACAGAGCUAUAAAGAGGUGUUUGUUGAUGAAGAAUUAUUUGGAGUCUUGACAAGAAAAAUGGGAGACCUCUUAAAAUUGGACUGGGAGCACAGACAGGAGGAGGACAGACUUCUGAUAGAGAGGAUGCUGAUCUUGAUCAGGAAUGUUCUCCAUGUGCCCCCAAACUUGGACAGAGAACAGAGGACGGAUGAUGAUGCCAGUGUUCAUGAUCAAGUUAUCUGGGCUAUACACUGCAGUGGUUUGGAAGACCUUCUCCUUUACAUUGCCAGUUCAGAAGAUGAGAGGAAUUUCUCCAUGCAUGUGUUAGAGAUUGUCUCUUUGAUGUUUAGAGAACAGACUCCGGAUAUGCUGGCAACUGCUGGAGUUAGUCGGUCCAUGACAGAGAAAGAGAAGGAUGAGAGAGAACUUCAGAUGGCUCUGGAACAGGAAAAGGCACAAAAGAGGGCCAGCUUGAUGAAAUUUAGCACCAGACAUUCUCGAUUUGGCGGUACGUACGUCGUGCAGAACAUGAAAUCCAUCAGUGACAGAGACGUCAUUUUCCACAAGAACCAGAAGGAUGUGUCCAAUCUAACGUUUGACAUCAACAAGAAGCCAAAGAAGAAAGCCAAGAAUCGACAGCCAAUCAAAGAGCAGGAAUUGACGCGGCGUUCCACACUGAGCAUCAGACUUGGGCUGAAGGAAUUCUGUGUCCAGUUCCUGGAGAGCUGCUACAAUCCACUUAUGUAUGCCGUCAAGGAUAUUUUAAACAGGGAGAAGGCCCAGGACCAUGAUGAGACGUAUUAUCUGUGGUCCAUGCGGUUCUUCAUGGAGUUCUGUAGACUACACAGCAAACAGGUGGAGCUUGUCAGUGAGACUAUGUCUGUGCCGACCUUCCACUACAUCCAGGUACAGCUCUUCCAGUACUACGAGAUGAUCAUGAUGGAAAAGAAGGAGGCCAAAGUCUGGGCUAAAAGGGUACACCUUGCUUUAAAAGCAUACCAGGAGUUGUUGAUGACCCUAGAUUCUAUGGAUCGCUCUGGCAACCGUCAGCUGGUGGAAAGUGCAAAGGUCAUCAAAAACAAUAUAUUUUAUAUGAUGGAGUUUCGAGAUACUUUUUUGACUCUGCUAAGAAAGUUCAAUGAAAGUGUCCAGUCAAGGUCAUUUUUGAAAGAUUUAGUGGAAACCACACAUCUGUUUCUAAAAAUGCUGGAAAAAAUGACCAAAGGCAGUUCCAACUUUGUUGUGCAAAAGAAGAAAGCCAAAAGAAAGAAAAAAACUAAACCUAAAGCUUCACCUGACCAGCCAAGGGAGCCUACUCCUGAGGAACUGGAGGACAAAUGGGAUGACAUCUCUGGAGAGUUGUCCUCCUUGAUACAGGGAAGAGGGGAACUGCCUACAGAUGUCGCUCCAUUUGAUGCGGCAUCAGAAGUAGAUAUUGACCAUCAAAGGGUGGAUGCCUUGAUUCGAAUCCAGGAUGCACUUCGAGAUCAGCGCCCUGGAGAAGCAUUGGCUUUGCUGAGGGCAGCCAGAGAGGUUUGGCCAGAGAGGGAUCAGUUUGGAGCACCGGACAUCGGGCCAGAGGAAGAGUUCAUGGCUGUGCGAGAAAUCUUCAUGUCUGACCUACCUAGGCCAACAACAGAGCCAUCCAUGGAUUUGGUUGAAGAAGAACUUGAAGAUGAAAUUGAAGAGGAGGAGAGGACUGCCAUAGAAUGUGCUGAACAAGAGUUCAACUUCAAAGAAUUUCUAGCAAAAUUUGGGAAGCCAGAAAUUCUAAAAGCUUACGUGCUAUUACUGGCGGACUAUGAGAAGAACUCGGUCCACACAAACCAUUGCGUGAUCAAGAUGCUGCACCGCCUCAGUGUGGAGCUGGGCUUUGUGGGAAUGAUGUUCCAGGCCUCCCUAUUUAGGGUGUUUCAGAAGAUUGUAUUGUCUCCCCUUGCAAAGACAGAGAGAUACCAGGAAAUUACCAAAUUUGCUACCUAUGUGAUCAGACAGUUUGUGGAAGUUGCUGAGAAGAACAAGAAGGUGUUCAUGGAGAUGUUGUUCUGGAAGGGGCACCGUGAGGCGUCAGAGAUAGUGGACGGUUACGGGUCCUAUCAAGGAAAAGUGAAGCAGGUGUGGUCAGAAGAUCAAGAGAUGGAACUUCGACGUCUGUUUGAGGAACACAGCACCACAGAGGAAGGGGAUGUCGUUGAGAACAUCAUGAGAGACAUGAGUGACCAGUCUAAAACGAGAGGGCAGAUCAUUAGGGAACUGAAGAAACAGGGGUUGAUAGAGAGCGCUAAAGACCUGAAAAGACCAAACGGACCAAAAAGAGUGAAGGGCUGGAACGAAGAACAAGAAUUUGAAUUGAGAAACUUGUACGACAGAUUUAAAAGUACAGAUGAUCCAGUUGGAAACAUCAUAUCAAACAUGUCAGAGAAAAGAAGUAAGGCCAAGGUCAUUGAGAAGUUGUGUGCCCUUGACCUGGUGUCAGAUAGAAAGGACCUUUAUAAAAGACGGAAACGGAAGCCCAAGAAUCCCUGGGAUGCUGGAGAAGGUGACCUGCCAAUCAAUGAUGACUGGAGCAGUGGGGAAAGUGGAAAGGAGGGGCCAAACCAAGGGGAAUCUAGUGAUGAAUCAUCUGCUCAGUCAACUUCCUCUUCGGAAGAUGAAGGCGACCAGAGCGAUGUUGAGGAUGAAGAGCAAAACACAGUGGGUGAUGUCACUAACAUGACUAUAGUGAUUUCCCAACUUGUGGAGAAAGGCUACAAAGACCAAAUUCUGUGGAUUCAAAAAUGCAUCAAAAGAAAAGCUGAUGAUAAGGAGAAAAAAGAUAAUACAGUCUCUGUCCCCAUCGUUCCUCUCACAGAAGAAAAUGAAACUGCCAUGGAAGAUGAGAUGUUCCUGUCCUUUCUCCGCAAUAUUGGAAUCACUUCACCCGCCAAUGAGCAGGAAGCGUUUUGGAGAAUCCCAGGAGAAAUGGUGCUUCAAGAUCUGAGGAACCUGGAGAUUGGCCUAACUUUGGAUGAGAAUGACCAACCAGUGUCUGCAGAUAAAAUCAAAGUAAUGCAAACAGCAACAGCCAAAGGUGCCAAGAAAAAAAACAAAAAGAAAAAGAAAGUCCAGAAAACUAAGAAGAAUAGCAAGUUUGAGGAUUUGCUGAAACAAAUGGCGGAAAAGAGAAAGCAGAAUAAAGAGGAUGGUCGCCUAGCAAGGAGAGAAAAAAAGAGAAACUCUCCAUCUUCUGCUGUUCCUGCCACUACAAUAGAUGAUGAUGACCUCACAGGGACCAAUCAAACAGAAGUCCCUGGGACAGUGCCACCUGGCAGCACCGAGAAACAGAAAAAGGGAGUUUACUCUUCCGGCAAGAAAAGGAGAAUAAAAAGACUGCUGGAUUCUGAUAGUGACAAAAGUGAUGGUUCUGACAGUGAAAAAGAGAACCAAUCAUUUUCCCAGCCAGAUAAAGAAGAGGAAGACGGAGAACAGCAGACCCAGCCCCUGAGGUUUGACAGCGAUGAUGAUGAUGAUGUACCACUGGUUUCUAUGGGAAAGCGAAGCAGAACUGCAGGCUCAGACACCAGCCCAGAGGGCAAAAAACCAAGGCUGAUGAUUGACUCUGGUGAUGAUUCAGCAGAUGAAGUUGUGUCUAACAGUAAGAGAAAUUCCAACAAAAAAGCCAAAUUAUCUUUUGAUUCUGAUGACGAUUCACAAUCUUUGCCAUCUCCGAAAAAAGUUUCUAAACCAGACUCUAAACGACAGCUGAUAUCUGACGACAGUGAAGAGGAGGAGGAUAAAGAGCCAUCACCAAAAGAGUCGGCCUCUUUCCCGGCCACUUUACUGACACAACCUCCGGAUGACUCCGAUUCGGAUCUGGAUGACCAUGUUCCACUUCGACAAGUCCUCCACAAGAGGAAAAUCAUUUCGAGCGAUGAGGAAGAUUAGCAGGAUGUAUGAGAAAGAAACUUGAACAUUAAUAGCUACAAUUUACGAACAAGUUGAAAUUAUUUCUCCCUCUAGAAAGCACUAUAGGGGUACCGAUAUUUAUAAAGUGAGAUCUCACUUUUGAAUUGCUUUUUCUAUACUAGUAUUUAAUACUGUAUUAAUCAGUGAAAGAAGGAUAUUAUUUAUCUGCAUGUCAUGAAAUAAAACAUUAAACAUA